AUGGUUGAAGUGGAGAAGAAUCCCACUGAAGAGCUCAAGAAGAGGAUAAGGAAGCGAAACCGUGGGAAGAAGAACGACCAGCAAAAGGCGGAAGAAGAAACCCACAACGUAGAGGAAAACACAGAUGAAAUCCAGAAGAAGAAGGAAAAGAAGGUUAAGAAAGUGAAGUUGCAGGGGAAGGGCAAAACCGAGGAAGAGAAAGAUGAAGAGGAAGAGAUUCAAGCCGGAUCAAUUCCUCCCCUUUUGGAGGGAAAAGAUGUUCUUGGUGCUGCCAGGACUGGUUCUGGUAAAACUCUUGCUUUUCUCAUACCGGCUGUAGAGUUGCUGUUGAAAGAGCGUUUCUCUCCUCGCAACGGGACUGGCGUGAUCGUUAUUUGCCCCACUAGGGAACUUGCUAUUCAGACUAAAAAUGUGGCGGAGGAGUUACUCAAGCAUCAUUCACAGACGGUCAGCAUGGUUAUGGGUGGCAACAACAGAAGGACGGAAGCACAACGUCUUGCGAAUGGUUCAAAUUUGUUGAUAGCAACUCCUGGGCGUCUUCUCGACCAUCUUCAACAUACCAAGGGUUUCAUUUUUAAACACCUGAAGUGCCUUGUGAUCGAUGAAGCUGAUAGGAUACUGGAAGACAAUUUUGAGGAAGACAUGAAUAAGAUUCUAAAGAUUUUACCAAAGACUAGACAAACCGCACUAUUCUCUGCCACUCAGACAUCUAAGGUUCAAGAUCUUGCUCGGGUGUCAUUGACAUCUCCUGUUCAUGUUGAUGUCGAUGAUGGUAGACGCAAGGUGACAAAUGAAGGAUUAGAGCAAGGCUAUUGUGUUGUUCCGAGCGAAAAAAGACUUUUCCUUCUGAUUUCUUUUUUGAAAAAGAACCUAAGUAAAAAAAUAAUGGUGUUCUUCUCGACUUGCAAGUCAGUACAAUUCCAUGCUGAAAUCAUGAAACUUAUCAAUGUGGAUAGCUGCGAUAUCCAUGGAGGUCUGGAUCAGAACCGAAGAACGAAAACCUUUUUCGACUUUAUGAAAGCAGAAAAGGGUAUCUUGUUAUGUACUGAUGUUGCUGCUCGUGGUCUUGAUAUUCCUUCCGUGGACUGGAUUAUACAGUAUGAUCCUCCGGACAAGCCAACGGAAUAUAUCCAUAGGGUUGGUCGAACAGCCCGUGGAGAAGGAGCAAAGGGAAAGGCGUUGCUUGUAUUGAUCCCUGAAGAGCUUCAGUUUAUUCGAUACCUUAAGGCUGCAAAAGUACCUGUAAAAGAGCUCGAGUUCAAUGAGAAGAAGCUUUUAAAUGUUCGAUCUGCGCUGGAGAAGUAUGUUGCCAACGACUAUAAUCUGAACAGGUUAGCUAAGGAUGCGUACCGGGCGUAUAUAUCAGCAUACAAUUCACAUUCUCUGAAAGACAUCUUUAAUGUUCACCGACUCGAUCUCCAGGCGGUUGCUGCAUCGUUCUGCUUCUCUUCGCCGCCAAAAGUGCAUCUGAACAUUGAAAGCGGAGCCGGGAAAGUGAGGAAGGCAAAGAAUCAGCAAAGUCGCAAUGGGUUUUCUCCUUACAGUCCCUACGGCAAAGGCAAGUCCACACCUAAAGAGGCAUGA